CCCUUCCCCAAGCGCGAGGGUUUAAGGACCUGAAAAUGGCGGCAGUCAAAAGCGCAGAAAUGGCCGCCACCCCCCGGUAGGGUUUUUGCCCUCCCCCGACUCCAUUCUCAGCGCCCCCCACCGGAUCACCGCCUCAUGCUCACCGCCGACAAGCAGCACGACACCUCUCCUCGCUUCCUGCCCGCGGUCGCCUAAUCCCUUCCCCUUUACCGCCGCCGCCGCCCUGAGCUCAUCUCCGCCGCUGCAGCUCCCUUUCCCGCAGCUGCCGCGGCCUCCCUUGCCCACGGCCCCCGCCGCCCCGAGCUCAUCUCCGCCGUCCCCGCCCCCCCCGCCCCUGCCUCCCUUCCCUACGGCCGCCGCCGCCGCCUCCCUUGCCCACUGCCUCCAGACCACGCCGUCAUCUGCCACACCGGACCACGCUUCACGCGCGCCCGGUGGACCUAGCCAUCUGUCAGCCUUCUCCAAAGCUUCAUUCGGCUGCUAGCAGAUGAUGACCAAUGCAGGGACGAAGAAAUCUCCCCUGCAAAUCCAGAUGUUGGAGGGAUUUUAUUCCGAGGUACAAUAUCCGAAGCCGGACGACAUGAUAGAGUAUGCAUCAUCUGUUGGUUUGGCUUACAGUCAGGUCAGAAUAUGGUUCAAGGAGCGGAGGAGGAAAGAGAGAAGACAGAUGGAAGCUGCAGGGGCUCUUAUGGAAACACAAGUUAGUGCAAGAUCAAAUGGGCCUAGGAGUAUGAGCCUUGUAGGAGAGAAACACGCACUUCGACCACAAGUUCUAUAUCCGAAGGAUUAUAUCCUGGCGAAAGUCUUCCGCAAGGAUGGUCCAUCUCUUGGGAGUGAAUUUGAUCCUCUUCCCAAAAGCGCACAUGGACAUGUCAGAGUUGCAGAUACCACAGAGUAUCAUUCUGACCAGGAUCAAAGAGUUGUGAAGAAGAGAAAGAUCGUGGAGUGUACUGACCAGGGAUUCACAUUGCCAUGUCAGAGCAAUGGUCCUGUGAGGAAGCAUGGAAUGGGCAAAGGUUUAAUGACAGUGUGGCAUGCAAUGUAUUCCAAGAAUGCAGAAGUUCAAGAUGUCUCAAAUUUCAUUGAUGAAACAGGUUGCUUGAGGUCAUUGAGACCAUUUGAUGAUUCUGAUGGAAAGCUUAUCCAAAAAUUUUUUUUGCCACGUAAGAAAGUAGACAAAAAGAGCAGACCUCCACCUAGUAAAAGAAAGGUGCCACGUGGCAGAGUUACUGUUCUGAAGGAGCAUCCUGCAAUGGAGUGCCAUCUUUCAGUUGAUGAAUCAGAAUCCUCAGAAUUACAAACUGAACAGGCAACAUUAGUUGACGAUGAGGAGCUUGAGCUCAGUGAAUUACAAGCAGGUCCUAACCCGUUAAGAUGUUCAGCUCAUCUUUCUUCAAGUGGGAGACACGGCUGCCCCCUUUGUAAAGAUUUACUUGCUAGGUUUCCUCCACCAAGUGUCAAGAUGAAAGAACCAUUUUCUACAAAACCUUGGGAUUCAUCACCUGAAAUGGUGAAAAAGCUUUUCCAGGUUGUCAGGUUUGUCUACACACAUUUUGGUAGUAUGGAUGUCCAUCCUUUUACAUUUGACGAGUUUGCACAAGCAUUCCAUGACAAGGAGUCGUCGUUGUUGGGGAAAGUACAUGUCAGUCUCCUCAAGCUACUUAUGUUAAACACAAAAAGGGACAGCGGUGAUGUCUUUGUUCCACGAUCUUCUAAAGACAGCAGAUUUAUAAGUUUUCUGAACUUUGUUAGAGAACAAGAGUUUGAUGUGAAUUUUUGGAUCAAGUCCCUGAAUUCUCUUACUUGGGUUGAAAUACUACGUCAAGUUCUGGUUGCUUCUGGUUUUGGUUCAGAUCAUCAUAUGCUGAAUCGGAAUUUCUUUAACAAGGAGAAAAAUCAAAUGGUUAAAUAUGGUUUACGUCCUCGUACACUGAAGGGUGAAUUGUUUGCACUAUUGUCUAAGAAAGGAAUCGGGGGGUUAAAGGUAUCUGAACUUGCUAAAUCACCACAGAUAGUUGACCUUAACCUCUCUGGCACAUCAGAAGUAGAGCAGCUGAUCUUCUCAACUCUCUCUAGUGAUAUAACAUUAUUUGAGAAGAUUGCAUCUUCUGCAUAUCGUCUCCGUGUUGAUCCUCGGAUUAAAGGAAAAGAAAAUCCUAAAUCAGAUACUGAGGAUUCUGGAACUGUUGAUGAUGAUGAGGAUGCUAGCAGCAGUGGUGAUGAAUAUGAUGGUCCAGAAGAGUUGAGUUUCUCUGAGCAUGAAAGUAGAAUUGUUAGGAGGAAGCAGAAAAAUGAACAUAAAACUAUGAAUAAAUGCAGUGAAAUUGAUGAAAGUUAUUCUGGAGAACGGUGGCUUCUGGGGUUGAUGGAAGGCGAAUAUUCAGACCUAAGCAUUGAUGAGAAGUUGGAUUGCUUGGUUGCUUUAAUGGAUGUUGUUUCUGGUGCUGGUUCUGUUCCAAGACUUGAGGAACCACAAAGUGUCCUCUCUAACAUACAGAGAGCACAGUCACAUGCCUCAGGUGGGAAAAUAAAGAAAUCGACAAGAACCAUUUACCAAUCUAGUGAUGAGUACUUAAAUAGACCAGGAAGCUCGCACAGUUUGGAUACUUCUAUGCAAGGCCAGUCAGGAAAUCGGAGAAGUCAGGAUUACAUUUCUGAAUCUGCAGCUAACGAAUCAUCUACAGCAUUUGCACAUCAGCCACAGAUUGUUCUCUUAGGAUCAGACCGCAGGUAUAACAAUUAUUGGCUCUUCCUUGGCCCUUGUAGAGCAGAUGAUCCGGGGCAUCGAAGGGUCUACUUUGAGUCCUCGGAAGAUGGUCACUGGGAGGUGAUUGAUUCACCACAGGAAUUACUUUCCCUGCUUUCCCUCCUUGACAUCAGAGGCACCAGGGAAGCUCAUCUUCUUGCAUCAAUGAAAAAGAGGCAAGCUUGUCUUUUUGAAGGCAUGAAGAAACACUUGGAAGAUGGGAAUGCAGUUGGGGUUUCAGCAUCAUCUGAUUCGUCUCGUUCUGAGACAAGCACACCCAAGCUAAGUAGUGGAGAUGGAGCUUCACCCCUAUCAGACAUUGACAAUGCUUCUGUUCCCACAUAUCUAGCUGAUAAUCUUCUAAGUGCAUCAUCUGCAAUAGUAAUUGAAGCUGGUAGGAGAGGUGAUGAGAAGAUACUGAAGUGGGAAAGGUUGCAAGCAUUAGAUAAAUGGAUAUGGACUUCUUUCUAUUCUUCUCUUAUUGCUGUAAAGUGUGGCAAGAGGUCAUUUAAGGAAUCACUCGUCCAUUGUGAAAGUUGUCAUGAUCUGUAUUGGAGAGAUGAAAAACAUUGCAGAAUAUGCCACUCUACUUUUGAGGUUGGGUUUGAUCUUGAAGAAAGAUAUGCUAUACAUGUGGCAACAUGCAGGGAGCCUGAGGAUUUGUACGAUGUGCCAAAUCAUAAGGUUCUUUCUUCGCAGCUACAGGCACUUAAAGCAGCCAUUCAUGCUAUUGAGGCAUGCAUGCCUGAGUCAGCCUUUGCUGGUUUGUGGAUGAAGUCUUCGCACAACCUGUGGGUUAGGCGUCUGCGACGAACAUCAUCACUACCCGAACUUUUACAGGUUCUUGUUGAUUUUGUUGGGGCAAUGGAUGAGGAUUGGUUAUACGAAAGUUCCUCAACAAGCUUCUGUUCGUAUCUGGACAACAUUACUGUCUACUUCCAAACAAUGCCACAAACAACGUCAGCAGUCGCACUCUGGGUUGUCAAAUUGGAUGCCCUGAUCGCACCUUAUUUGGUACAAACUGAUCCUGACAGAGCAUUAGCCGAAGGGUCUACAAAGACAAGAACGCAGGCAUGUGUGCGAUAGCUAGGAACUAGGUGUAUUAUUUUGAGUGGUACUUCCAGCAAGCAUCCAGAUGACACUUCCUCUUCUUUUUUUGCAUCAAUUCGAAUCUUUUGCUUGAUUUCCGCGCUUUUUCUCAAGGCGAGACAAGCAUGACACCUUUGUCUCUGAGGUACUGGAGAAGAGAUCUUGAACUCUGCAGGAGCCAUGGCAUCUCAUCUCCCUAGGAUGGCUGGAGAACAUCGUUUAUCCGCUCCUGGUGGAGAACUGUGACUUGAGUAGAAUAAUACAAACACAAGCAAUUCUUUGUUAAUAAUCUGCUUUGUAAUCUUUUUUGGUAGUGGCCAGCGAAGGACUUGACUGGAUAUACCUAUUCGUGGAAUAGAAGAGCUACUGAUAUUUCUUUAUCAGUUUGCUGGGUAGGUCGUUUGCUCCUUGUAGAGAGCACGGUGCCGCUUUUUUGAAAUCGAGAGUUAUCCAAAUCCAAUGAUCCUCCUAGAUGGGGUCGGUCACUUUUUUGAAUC